AUGGCGAAUAAUAUAAAAAUCGAUGAACUAAAGACGCUUAUCCACCAUAAAAGCAUGAAAAAAAAUUUUGUAAAAGAUGUAAAAAAUAACUAUGAAAUAAAAAGUAUAAAUUUUGGUAUUAUGGGCAAAGAAGAUAUAAUAAGAUAUUCAGAAGUAAAAAUAUUAAAUAGAGAAAUGUAUAAAAAUAAUAGUAAUGGUGUUCCAUAUCCAUAUGGAGUAUUAGAUUUAAGAUUAGGAGCACAUAAAAGUAACUCUAUAUGUGAAACAUGUAAAAAAAAAUUAAUUAAUUGUUCGGGUCAUUUUGGUUAUAUAGAAUUAAACUAUCCAGUUUUUCAUAUAGGAUAUUAUAAAUAUAUUAUUCAUAUUUUAUAUUGCAUAUGUAAAACUUGUUCUCAUUUAUUAUUACCAUUAGAAAAAAUCGAAUUUUUUUCUAAUUUAAAAAAAAAAAAAAAUAUAGAUGAUUCACUUUUUAAAAGACAAUUUUUUAAGAGAAUAUUAAGUAUAUGCAAAAAAGUAAACAAAUGUUAUAAUUGUGGAAGUCCACAAGGUGUGAUAAAAAAAAUAAUAAAACCAAGUUUAGAUCAAUUUAUGAAAUUAAAACAUAUAGUUAAAGUAAAGGAAAAUGGAAAACAAGUUAUAAAAGAAGAAGAUUUAAAUAGUUUAUAUGUAUUAAAAUUAUUUAAAAAUAUAAAUCCAUUUUAUAUAAAAUUGCUAAAUAUUGAAAAUCCAGAAAAACUUAUUAUUACUACAUUGAUAGUACCUCCAAAUACAAUAAGACCAUCUGUAAUUAUAGAUGAGCAUGGAACAGCAGAAGAUGAUUUAACAUGUAUAUUAUCAGAAAUUGCACAAUUAAACAAUACUAUAAAUAAUCAAUCUUAUAAUGGAUAUCAAACAAAUCAAUUUCUUGGAAAUAUAGAAUUUUUACAAUUACAAGUUACUAGGUUUAUAAAUAGUGAUUCACCAGCUGUUUCUCAAUUAUUAGCAACGCAAAAUAUUUCUAAACCAGGCAGAGGAAUAUGUCAAAGAUUAAAAGGAAAAGAAGGUAGAUUUAGAUGUAACUUAUCAGGAAAAAGAGUUGAUUUUUCAAGUCGAACCGUAAUUUCUCCAGACCCCAAUAUAUCAAUAGAUGAAGUUGUUAUACCCAAAAUAAUAGCAAUGAGAUUAACUUAUCCUGAAACAGUUAAUAAAUAUAAUAUAGAAAAAUUAAAAAUGUUAAUAAGAAAUGGGUCAAACGUCUGGCCAGGAGCUAAUUAUAUUAUUAAAAAAAAUGUUAGCAUGAAUUGUGACGAAAAUGGAAAAGUCGGAAACUCUAUUAUUGAUAUAGUAAAACGUUAUGUUAACAAAAGUACAGAAUUAAAUAUAAACCAUGAACAAAAUCAAAAUAGUAGUAAUAAUAAUUUGGGAGCAAACAGAAUUAGUUUAAAAUAUGCAAACAAAAAAUAUGUAAUUGAUAAUCUUAAAAUUGGAGAUAUAGUGGAAAGACAUAUUUGUGAUGGAGAUAUUGUAUUAUUUAAUAGACAGCCAUCUUUACAUCGUAUGUCUAUUAUGUGUCAUAAAGCUCGAGUUAUGGAUUAUAAAACAUUUCGUUUUAAUGAAUGUGUUUGUAGCCCUUAUAAUGCAGAUUUUGACGGGGACGAAAUGAAUUUGCAUGUACCUCAAACUGAAGAAUCUCGGGCAGAAGCUUUAUAUUUAAUGAAUGUAAAACAUAAUUUAAUUACUCCAAAAAAUGGAGAAGUUAUAAUUGCAUUAACACAAGAUUUUUUAUCUGCUUCAUAUGUUAUUACAAAUAAAGAUACAUUUCUUGAUAGAGAUUUAUUUUGUUUAUUAUGCUCAUAUUUUUCUGAUGCUAAAAUUGAUAUAGAAUUACCUGUACCAGCAAUAUUAAAACCAAAAGAAUUAUGGACAGGAAAACAAUUAAUAAGUGUUUUAAUAAAACCGAAUAAAAGUGAAAAUACAAUAAUAAAUUUUGAAAUGAAAGAAAGAGAAUAUUCAACAAAAAAUGGAGAUUUAAAAUAUUUAUCACGAGAUGAUUCAUAUGUUUGUUUUUAUAAAUCAGAAUUAAUUUGUGGAUCAUUAGGGAAAAAAGUUCUUGGUGCAUCUAAGUAUGGACUUUUUUAUUAUUUAAUACAUAAUAAUUCGACUCAAAUAGCGUUACAAAUAAUGAACAGAUUUUCAAAAUUAAGUAGUCGAUAUUUUUCAAAUAAAGGCAUGACAAUUGGAAUUGAUGAUGUAACACCAUCCCGUGUAUUAACUGAUAAAAAAAGAGAUUUACUUUUAAAUGGAUAUGAAAAAGUAAACAAAGAAAUAAUACUUUAUAAUGAAAAAAAAAUGCAAAUUCAACCAGGAUGUACAUUAGAAGAGACAUUAGAAAUUAAAGUAAAAAGUAUUUUAGAUGAUUUGCGUAAUGAUGCAGGUAAAACAUGUAAUCAAUAUUUACCAUAUUUAAACAAACCUUUAAUUAUGUUUAAUUCUGGAGCAAAAGGUGCAUUAAUAAAUAUAGCUCAAAUGAUUGCAUGUGUUGGUCAACAAAAUGUAUCAGGACAAAGAAUACAAAAUGGAUUUAUUAAUAGAACAUUACCACAUUUUAAUUUUCAUUGUAAAGGAUCAGAAAGUAGAGGAUUUGUUCAAAAUUCUUUUUAUACAGGAUUAAAUCCAACAGAAUUUUUUUUUCACACUAUGUCAGGACGAGAAGGGUUAGUAGACACUGCUGUUAAAACUGCUGAAACUGGUUAUAUGCAAAGAAGGCUUAUGAAAGCCUUAGAAGAUUUAUCUAUACAUUAUGAUUAUUCUGUUAGAUCGUGUGAUAAACAAAUUAUACAAUUCAUUUAUGGAGAUGAUGCAUUAAAUCCGUCUUAUAUUGAUAGCAAUCAUACAUACAUGGAUCAAUUUGACAAAAUUUAUAAUCAUAUAAUUUCAAUAUCUCCUAGCCAUACAUUAUUUUUAUAUAAACCCAGAAAAAUUAAACAAUAUGAUUUAUUAAAAAAUUCCAAAGAAAUAGAAAAAGAUAAUUAUAUUAUUAAUGAUUCAGAUGAUAAAAAAGGAUAUAAUAAUGAUUUCUUGAAUUCAUUUGGUUCUAUUCCGUUUUCAGAAAAUUUUCAAAAAAAUUCGUCUUUUUUAUCCAAAAUAAUUAACAAAAUUUCGCAAAAAAUAAAAGAAAUUAAUGAAGAUAGUGUGCUUAUACCUUUGGAACAUGAUGUUGAGUUUGUUGGAAAAAUACUUGGUGAAAAUGGUGACGAAAUAAAUGAAAAACGAGAACAAACAAAUAAACAAAGACAAGGGGAAACAAAAAUAGUUUUAUCUCAAGAAAAUUAUGAAUCUGAAAUAAAUAAAUUAGAAAUAAUAAAAUUAAAGAGUGAAGAAAAUCAAACAAUAUUACCAUCAAAUAAAGUCAAAGAAAUAGCAUAUCAUCUUAAUCAAUAUAGAAAUGUUGUUGAAUGCAUAAAUAUAUUAAAAAAAAAAGUUUACAUUAAAAAUAAUGACAUAAAUAGUAGUGGUAUAAUAUGUUUGAAUGAAACAGAACUAAAAUAUUUAAAUAGUAAAUAUAACAAAAUGAGUAAAAAUAUUAGAAAAAAAAUUGAAAUUGUGAAUAAUAUUUAUAAAAAAGAAAAAAAGAAAAUAAACAGAAUAAAAGAAAAAUUAAAAGAUGAUUAUUUUUACCCAUCAAUGGAUGAUUCUACUUUUAUUAAACAAUUAAUGAGAAUUGUUACAAAAGAAAAUAGUGAAAUUGAUGACAUAACAACCAUAACAAAUAAAGGUAUACUAUCUAAAAUACAUUUAUAUAAAGAAGGAAAUAAUAAGAAUAAUAUUUCAUUUAAUCAGUAUAUACAAAAUAAUUUUAAUUUUAAUAAAAAUAUAAAAAAUGAAUAUAUAGACAUAUUUGAUAAGGUAAAUGAAUGUGAAUUAUUAUAUGAAAAUAAAUGUUACAAACAAAUGAUUAAAAAUAUUAUAGCAUUUGUUAGUGUUUUUGAAAUAGUAUGUGAUGUUAAACAACAUUAUAUAUUAUUUCCUUAUGAAAUAUUAAAAUGGACAAAUUUUUUAUUAAAUUAUGUUACUGAAACAAUUCCUUUAAAUAUUUAUUGUCAUACAAAUAUAUCCAAAAGAGAAAAUCCAACACAUCAAAAAAAUACAAAAACAAUGAAAAUAUAUAUUGAAGAAAUAAAAAAAUGGUUAUUAUUAAAGGCUAUAAAUAUAUACAAAUUUUUUAAAUAUAAAAAAGGUGUUGAAUUAAUUAAAAAAAAUGAUUACUAUAAUUUUGUAAAAGGAAAUGAUAAAUGUAAUUUUUAUGAUUCAUCAUACAGAUCUAUGAUAUAUGAUUAUUCUUUUAUAAAUUUAAAACAGUUAUAUAUAUUCAUUUAUUUUAACAUUUCGAAAUAUUUCAAGUAUAUAUCAUCCCCUGGAGAUGCAGUUGGAUCAAUUUCUGCUCAAUCAAUUGGUGAACCAGGUACACAAAUGACUUUAAAAACUUUUCAUUUUGCCGGAGUAGCUAGUAUGAAUGUUACGCUUGGUGUUCCUCGUAUAAAGGAAAUAAUAAAUGCAUCAAAUGUUAUUCAAACACCAAUAUUAAACAUUCCUUUACGGAUAAAAGAUAAUUAUAACUUUGCUUUGAUGAUGAAAUCUAAACUUGAAAAAACGUCAAUAAGAGAUAUAUGUGAAUAUAUAAAAGAAAAUUAUUGUUCUAAAGGAAUAUUUAUAUCUAUAAAAUUUAAUGAAGAUCUUAUACAGAAAUUAUUUUUAAAUAUUAAUGCAUAUACUAUUAGAGAUGUUAUAUUAAAACAAACACACAUUAGCAAAAUAAAAAUCAACAAAAUACACAUUGAUGUUAUAAAUAAUUAUAAAUUACAUAUUUCUAUAAAAAAUGAUGAAUUUAUAUUUUUUCAAAUUGAGUCAUUAAAAAAGGGCUUAUUAGAUUUAUUAGUAUAUGGUGAUAAAGACAUUAAGCGAUGUAUAAUUAAAAAGGAAGAAAUCGAAGUAACAGAUGAUGAAGAACUAGAAGAAAAUCAUGAUAAUGACUUGGAUAAUAAAAUUAAUUCAUUCAUAAAUAACACACAAAAUAUCUUUGAUAAUAUAAAAAUAAAACAAGCAAAUGAUUGCAACGAAACCCUUUUGGAAAAUCAUAUUUCUAGUUCUGAUGCUGUUCAUGAUGGAAAUGUUAACAAUAAUAUAGUUGACAAAAUUUUUAAAGAAAAAGAACAAAAUAUAAAUGUAGAACAUGUAAUGGAUACAUUGAACAGCCAAUUGAAAAAUAAUGAUAAUUACGCAAAACGAUUAGAAAAGGAAAAAGUAAAAACUGAGAAAAUAACUAUAAAUCAUCACAGUGGAAAUAACACCAUUUUCUGUGGUGGUAAUUCAAAAAAUGAUGAACAAAUGAUAGACCUCAACACAGCAAAUCUUGAUAACUUAAAAUUUGAUGAAAUAAAUGUUGAAAAUAUAAUUAAUGAUAAAAUUGAAAUAUAUGAUGAAGACUAUUAUGACACAUCGAAUGAUUUAAAGGAAAAAAAUAAUUAUUAUCAAAAAAAACAAAAAAAAAAAAAAACGCAAUAUUCAAUAUUAGUCGAAGGAAAUGCCCUAAAUUAUAUUCUUGGUUUAGAGGGUGUCGAUUUCAAGCAUAUUAUAUCAAAUCAUGUGAUUAACGUUUUUCAGGUAUUAGGAAUAGAAGCAGCAAGAGUAACUAUAAUAAAUGAAAUUAAAAAAUGUAUUGAAGCAUAUAGUAUUGACAUAGACAUAAGACAUAUCAUGUUAUUAGCUGAUAUAAUGGCAUUUACAGGAGAAAUUUUAGGCAUUAACAGAUUUGGUAUACAAAAGGCCCGUCAAAGUACAUUAAUGUUGGCAUCCUUUGAGGAAACGAACGAGCAUUUAUUUGUUUCAUCGUUUUUUAAAAAUAACGACGAAAUUAACAAUAUUAGUGAAAGUAUAAUAGUAGGAAAAAAUAUUCCAAUUGGAACUGGUUCAUUUGAGCUCCUUUAUGAUUAUAAACAGCCCAAUGAACAGAGAAAUUUAACUUUACUUGAAAGAGCAGAAAGAGAAUUGAAAAGUAAUUAA